AUGAUGUCAAACAGCACACAAAAUGGCAAUGUCAGAAAUGACAGCUCUGGCACUGCCUGGCCAAACAAUAGAAGUCAAAGCACAAGUAUUUCCCGGACUCCAAGAAAACAGCAAAGGCAAGCUGCGAUCGACGCCACAGACGCUCAGCCCGAAUCCCAGCAACAAGCUGCUGAGCCCUGGCCUAGCCUUGCUGGCAGCACCGCCACAGCUCCAGCCAUACCUACGCCACACCGCUACGGUUUGCGCGCGCGCAGAGCAUCUCGAGGCUCGUUUUCGACUCCCUCGCGUUGUGGCCGCACAGCAUCCCGGCAGACGCUACAGCAGACGCUCCAACAGCGCAACAACGGCAACGGCGGCGGCGCGGCAGCAAUUCGGAUCGGCUUCCAGCUCGACUUUGGCGUGCUUUCUCAAAAGGCCGAUUUGCGUCACAGAAAAAGCAUCAACAGCAUCAUCACAGCUGCUGCUGCUGCCACUAACAACACCCACGUCAACGCUCACGCCCACGGUUUCAGCCACAGCCACAGCAACGGCAAUACUCAAUUCGCCAUGGCCAGCGGAGGCAAAUGGCGCGAGGAGCAGGUGCUCGUCAUCUGCCCCGGCAGCAGAACCACCAUGGCCCAGCUGGGCUGCGGCGAGCUCUCGCCUCCACACCAUCGCAUCCCCACGAGGAUGUUUCGAGACGUGGAGGAUUCGAACCUGUGGCGGCCGUACUACACAUACAAGCGAGUGACGACGAUUGACGGCGUGGAGAACGAAGAGUGGGUGGAGGAUGUAGACGAGGACAAGGAUGCCGUAUGGCCAAUUGAGGGUGGCCGCAUUGUCCAGAUGGACGCUUUUCUCGCUUUCCUAGACCACGUCCACGGCCUGCUCACCACGACAUAUCACAACACACCCAUCAUGUUGAUGGCGUCUCCGCAGUGGACGCGCCCCGACUGCGAGAUCAUUGCGCGGUACAUCUUCGAGAAGACAAAGACACCCGCGCUCUGCUUGAUCCACAGCGGCAUUGCCACGCAAUACGGCCUCAAGUGGCCCAACAUGACCGUCGUCGACAUUGGCUACGAAAAGGUCGAUGUCACGGCCAUCCACGACGGACGAGUCAUCAACCACAUGGAUCUGGGCCGGCCGCAGCCUGGACGACACAUUAGCGGCGGAGAGGUCUUUACACAGAAACUGCAGCAGCUGCUGACGGAUAAGGGCUUCAGCCAUGACAUGGCGGAGCAGCUGAAGAAGAGCGGCAUCUGUGAAGUGCUGCCUUACGCCCCAUCUCAGAAGGACCUCGUGGUGCUCCCCGUUGACACUCCAGACGCAGCGCGCUCAGCGGCGGGCCCAAGUAAGGCAGGAGCAGAGCCAGUCGCAGCGGACUCUACAACGGCAGACGGACCUGCGGCGGAUGUCCCCCGAAUCGAGGAGCCUUCUAGGACGGAGGACGUCGUCAUGGAGGACAACGACGGCGCGGAUACAAAUGUUGACGAUGAUGGCGUCUUGGAUGUGGCUACCAUCGUCACCAGCGGCCAAACCAAGGAAUUCCUAGCCAAGAAGGAGAAGGAGAAGGAGAAGGAGAAGGGCAGGCCUGGGCGAAAACCGAAAGCGGAUAAGGAAGCGGAGGCGGCUGCUGCUGCAAGGCCUGUUCGACAGCCCAACUCCAAGAAGAUGCGCAACACGUUUUCGUACGAGGAGAUAAUCAUGGAGGAGGUGUCCAAGGUGGUGCCUGUAUCUGUAGUUGCGGAGCCCACGGCCAUGCAGGGUGUGGAGAGCAGCAGUGCCGCCGAAGGUGUUCCUGCAGCAGCAGCUCCAGACGUUGCGCCAGCAGCAGAACCGGCGGCAGAAUCGACAGCGGCGCCGGUAACAGAAGGACUGCAAACUGAGAAGCCUGCUGAGCCCAUUUCCGAUGCUGCGGCAGCAGGAAGUGAGGCUGCUGUUGAUGGCGCCAACAAUAGUGCAGACGCCAACCCCCUUGCUCCCGAAGCAGCAGCUGCUGCAGCAGGAACCGACAACGAGCCUGUUAUCAAGUCCGAAGUCAAGUCUGAAGAGACAAAGGUCAACGGCGAUGGCAAUGGUACAACCCUGGCCACGGUCCCAGAAUCUAAGCCAGCGGAAGCCGUCAACGGCAACGACAGCACCAAGGCUGACGAUGCUGCCGCCGCCAACUCCAACGAACCCCCCGAGCUCCGGCCACGCAAGAUCCGCCGCGAAAUCGAAGUCGGCCUGGAGCGCUUCCUGUUUGCGGACCGCGACGAGAUCGACCGCAUCGUCACCACAAUUUACCGCACCAUCCAGGGCGUCGAGGACAUGUACAUGCGUCCGGCCUGCUGGGACAACCUCGUCUUCGUCGGCAACGGCUCGCGCCUGCGCGGCCUCAAGGACAACAUCCUGCAGACCCUGCACGCGCGCCACAUCAUCUCGCCGUCCACGGCCACAAUGUUCACGUCCGAGCUGCCCUCCAACGUCGCCACGCCCGCCGGCACCGGCGCCCAGACGCCCGUGGGCAGCUUCGCCGGCGCGCCGCACCAGCUGUCCACCAGCAGCGUCAACCCGCUGCUCCAGGCCGCCACCACGGCCAGCACCUUUGGCAUCCCCGGCAGGGACAACAACAACACCAUCCAGGUCGCCACGGGGUCCACGCCCGCCGUCGGCUCCGAGGCUGCUGGACCCGCGAGCGGCCACCACUUCCACAGCCAGACGCCCACCAGCAUCAAGACGAUUGCCCUGCCGACGUACCUCAGCGAGUGGAGCAAGAAUGGCUUCGAGGAGGCCAUGUUCCUGGGCGCGCAGGUGGCUUCGAGGAUAGCGUUUUGCCUGCACUCCAACAUGGACGCCCAGGCUAUCGAGGCGCAAAAGUCUAUGAGCUUGAGCAGAGUAGACUACAAGUGA